CAUGUACUCUGUGAUUACACACAUCACUAAACAGCUGGGCUAUCGUGGGCUGUCCUUAUAGGUGCCACGCGUCAUUCCACUAAUUUUCAACAUUUUUACCGGAGCAAAUUGUUUAAACGAUUGCAAAAAUGUCAGUUAUUGCUGUGGUUCAAAAAUUCUGGCAAGAGUAUGGAAAAAAUACGGCUAAGAAGCUGAAAAUCAUCGAUGCGUACCUCCUCUACAUCUUCCUCACCGGUGUUAUACAGUUUGUCUAUUGUUGCUUGGUUGGAACAUUUCCCUUCAACAGUUUUCUCAGUGGAUUCAUAUCCGCUGUCUCCUGUUUUGUUCUCGCAGUUUGCUUGAGAUUGCAAGUCAAUCCGCAGAACAAGAAUCACUUCUGUGGUAUCAGUCCUGAACGCGGAUUUGCCGAUUUCAUUUUUGCACAUAUUAUUCUACACUUAGUUGUGAUGAAUUUCAUCGGUUAAUGAGGCACGAUGUAAGAUAAACAUGCUCUAUCAAUUCUCUCAACUCAUUUUUGAUAUUUAAAUAAAGUUAUUUGCCCAGAGAAUUUACAUUACUAAAAGUUUCAA